ACGCAGUUUUGUUUAUUAACCGUUACGGAAGUGUCCGGCAGCGCCUCUAAUGUCCGAAGCGUGAUAUUACAGCGCUUUUCUCCGCGUGGCGUGCAGACCGAAAGGGCGCAAAAGCUGCAGCAUGGAGGGUCGAGUCAGUAAGGAGCCGGAGCAGCUCAGGAAGCUGUUUAUUGGUGGACUUAGUUUUGAGACCACAGAGGACAGUUUACGAGCUCACUUUGAGCAAUGGGGCAAACUCACAGACUGCGUGGUAAUGAGAGAUCCAGCAAACAAACGCUCGCGAGGUUUCGGCUUUGUGACGUAUUCCUGUGUCUCGGAGGUUGACGCUGCUAUGGCAGCACGGCCACACAAAGUGGACGGUCGAGUCGUUGAGCCCAAACGGGCCGUCUCCAGAGAGGACUCUAAUAAACCUGGAGCUCAUCUGACAGUGAAGAAGAUCUUUGUGGGUGGAAUCAAGGAAGACACAGAUGAGUAUCACAUCCGAGAGUACUUUGAGCCGUAUGGGAAGAUUGAGACCGUCGAUAUCAUGGAGGAGCGUUCGACUGGGAAAAAGAGAGGAUUCUGCUUCGUCACCUUCGAUGAUCAUGAUACUGUGGAUAAAAUUGUUGCACAAAAAUAUCACACGAUCAACUCGCAUAACUGUGAAGUAAGAAAAGCACUUCCAAAGCAGGAGAUGCAAGCUGUUUCUAAUCAGAGGUAUCGCGGUGGAGGUGGAGGUGGGGAUAAUUUCAUGGGCAGAGGAGGAAACUUCGGAGGUGACAACUUUGGCAGAGGAGGGUACGGAGGAGGCCGGGGUGGCUACGGAGGAGAUGGAUACAACGGAUUCGGGGGUAACUGUGGUGGGGGUCCUGGCUAUGGAGGGGGCCGUGGAGGGUACGGUGGAGGUCCUGGAUUCGGUAACCAAGGCGGAGGAGGCUUCGGAGGAUAUGACAACUACAAUGAUGGCAGGAAUUUUGGAGGUAACUUUGGUGGUGGUAGUGGAGGCGGUGGAGGAGGAGGAAAUUACAAUGAUUUCGGGAAUUACGGUGGACAACAGUCCAACUACGGCCCCAUGAAGGGAAAUAACUUUGGAGGAGGAAGGAACUCAGGACCUUACGGAGGUGGAUAUGGCUCUGGCGGCGGAGGAGGGGGUUAUAACUCCAGGAGAUAUUAAUUGAUUAGUUUUCCUGUGGCUUCAGAUCCAGAGUUAGAUGGUGAUGAGGAGAGAUGAGAGGAUUGGGAAGGAAAGGAAAGAUUACUGAGAAAGAGUGGCAGGGGCCAAGAUCUGCCAGUUAUAGCUCUUACCGCAGCAGACACUCGCAGUCUUUAACGUUAGCCGCGCGAGAGCAGUGUGUGUUAGUUAGCGUAUGUACAUUCCUUACUGCUGCAUUUCACUCGUUCAAAUUUUCUUUGUGCUUUUCACUCCCCCUCAACCCCCUGUGAUUUUUGUGAGCGUUUUUGAGAGUGAAAAAAUAUUAUGUUUUCAAAACACUGUAGUCAGAGUAGUUCAAAAAAAAUAUGUUGUGAGUAUGCAAUGUAUGUUGUGGCCUUAAGUAUAUUAUUUGGAGGACUUUUUAUUUUUGAUUUUGAAGACAGUGUCACAUGUAUUUUUAUAAAUUGUGAGUAUACAGUACAUGUGUUGUUUGAUAAACAGAGUAGACUUUAUCAGAUCUGAGGGCAUGUAACAUGUUAAACCUGUAAAGACAGAAGUCUAGAUUGUGACAAUUGAAAAAAAAAAAAAAAGAAACCAGUUGAAAUAAAGUUGUGUACUCGUAA